CACUGCUCUGCGAAAUCAUCUCUUUCCGGUUUAGGAUUUUAACCAGCGUGCUUGUUCUCUUUCCGAGCUAAGGCCAUUUGUUAAAAACAAAUUAAUUUUUGGCAACUUGCACAAUCAGUAAUUAGCCACAGCACUUCGACAUGUCCACCAAAGCCGAGCUCGCCUGCGUCUACGCCUCCCUCAUCCUGGUCGAUGAUGAUGUCGCCGUCACUGGCGAGAAAAUCAACACCAUCCUGAAGGCCGCCAACGUUGAGGUGGAGCCCUACUGGCCCGGCCUCUUCGCCAAGGCCCUGGAGGGCAUCAACGUCAAGGACCUGAUCACCAACAUCGGCUCCGGAGUUGGUGGCCCCGCCGGCGGAGCUGCUCCCGCUGCUGCUGCUGCCGCUCCAGCCGCCGAGGCCAAGAAGGAGGACAAGAAGAAGGAGGAGGAGUCCGAUCAGUCCGACGACGACAUGGGCUUCGGUCUGUUCGAUUAAGCGGGGAUAUGGAAAGACUGGGCCUAGGCCCUCAUCCACAUUACGACCUGACAUCCGUUGU